UUGGGUAAAAAUCAUCUUCAUUUGGUCAAUAUUCUCUGACGUGUCUUCGAGCCCAGACAGAGCAAAAUGUGUAAGCGUCCGGCUUGCCCCCCUCCGAAAUCCCAGUGUCCGCCCAAGCCCCAGUGUCCCCCGCCGCCAUGCAAGCCCGGGCCGACUCUCUGGUCCAAGCUCAACUGUGUUCCCUGCAACCGAUUGGCCUUCUUUCUGGUCGGGGCCGGCAUUGGGCUGUACUACGACCAGAUGAAGCAGGAAAUGAAGAAGGCCCAGGAAGAGGCGGCCAAGCAGGCCCAGAAGACCCCCAAAGAGCUGGAGAAAGAGAAAAAGGAGCGCGACAAGAAGGAGAAGGAGCGGAAAGAGAAGGAGAAGAAAGAGAAGGCUCAGCAAGAGAAGGAGCGGAAGGAGAGGGAGAAAAAGGAAAAGGAAAAAAAAUGAGCAACACUCGCGCAGAAUCUUCUCCAGCUGUUUACCACCAAGAAGAUCCCCAUCCCCAAGUUAUAAAUUUUCAGUUCAAACUUAAAUCCCAAUAAACCAAUUCUUAUGACUCGAACUUCACGCAGCACGGGCUGGGGUUCGUGCAUACAAAUCUAUAGCUGUUUGCACAGUUUGGAAUUCCAUAUUAAGCGGAUAAAAGAUAUUCAGACAACCAUUAACAUUCCAGAAAUAAAUACUCCAACAGCAGAUUA